AUGCCUGCCAACCAGCAGCAGCAGCAAGACGAGGAGGCGGCCGCUGUCGUUGUCGACCAGGAGGCCCUGGUGAAUGGGCGCUGGGAAGACGAGGAAGAUGACUUGCAGCCACUGAACCAGACCAUCUUCACCAUGUUCGCCGAGUUCUUUCGCAAGGUCUUCGACACCCUGAUCGGCGGCGUCUUCGACAACGGCGACCGGUCCGUGUACCGCUCAUAA